CUGCCCGCCGCCGCUGCCGCCGCCUCUCGGGAGCCGCGGCCGCCACAGAUAAGACUCUCUGUCAGAGAAACUGGGUUCCUGCAGUUAUCCAGCUUGUCAGUGGUGGAUCAAACCAGAUCUACUGGACUUCGCAACCUGAGCUACUUCCUCUGCAACUUGCUUCCUUCCUGAGUUGGCCAAUGAAACAAAGUCCAGGUAUCUGCAGAUGGUGUCCAAUGUGUGCCAGGCUGAUCCAUGGUCACUUUACGGGAUGGCAGCAAGGUGACUUCAGCUGAGGAUGACCCUGACUGAAAGGCUGCGUGAGAAGAUAUCUCAAGCCUUCUAUAAUCAUGGACUGCUGUGUGCAUCCUACCCCAUCCCCAUCAUCCUCUUCACGGGAUUCUGCAUCUUAGCCUGUUGCUACCCACUGCUGAAACUCCCCUUGCCAGGAACAGGACCUGUGGAAUUCACCACUCCUGUGAAGGAUUACUCGCCCCCACCUGUGGCUGCUAACCGUAAGCCAGGAGAGCCUUCUGAGCAGCCAGAGUGGUAUGUGGGUGCCCCGGUGGCUUAUAUCCAGCAGAUAUUUGUGAAGUCCUCAGUAUCUCCCUGGCACAAGAACCUCCUGGCAGUAGAUGUGUUCCGCUCACCUCUGUCUCGGGCUUUUCAGCUGGUGGAGGAGAUCCGGAACCAUGUGCUGAGAGACAGCUCUGGGACCAGGAGCCUGGAGGAAGUGUGUCUGCAAGUGACUGACCUCCUGCCAGGUCUCAGGAAGCUCCGGAACCUCCUCCCUGAACAUGGAUGCCUGCUGCUGUCCCCUGGGAACUUCUGGCAGAAUGACCGGGAACGCUUCCACACUGAUCCUGACAUCAUCAGGACCAUUCACCAGCAUGAGCCUAAAACCCUGCAGACUUCAGCCACGCUCAAAGACUUGCUGUUUGGUGUUCCUGGAAAGUACAGCGGGAUGAGCCUCUAUACCAGGAAGAGAAUGGUCUCAUACACCAUUACCCUGGUCUUCCAGCACUACCAUGCCAAGUUCCUGGGCAGCUUGCGGGCGCGCCUGAUGCUCCUGCACCCCAGUCCCAACUGCAGCCUUCGAGCGGAGAGCCUGGUCCAUGUGCACUUCAAGGAGGAGAUUGGCAUUGCUGAGCUCAUCCCCCUUGUGACCACCUACAUCAUCUUGUUUGCCUACAUCUACUUCUCCACACGCAAGAUCGACAUGGUCAAGUCCAAGUGGGGGCUGGCUCUGGCUGCCGUGGUCACAGUGCUCAGCUCGCUGCUCAUGUCUGUGGGGCUCUGCACUCUCUUCGGCCUGACACCCACUCUCAAUGGCGGUGAGAUUUUCCCCUACCUCGUGGUGGUUAUUGGGUUAGAGAACGUGUUGGUGCUCACCAAGUCAGUGGUCUCCACCCCAGUGGACCUCGAGGUGAAACUGCGCAUCGCCCAAGGCCUAAGCAGUGAGAGCUGGUCCAUCAUGAAGAACAUGGCCACAGAACUAGGCAUCAUCCUCAUUGGCUAUUUCACCCUAGUGCCCGCCAUCCAGGAGUUUUGUCUCUUUGCCGUCGUGGGCCUUGUAUCUGACUUCUUCCUUCAGAUGCUGUUUUUCACCACUGUCCUGUCCAUUGACAUUCGCCGGAUGGAGCUAGCGGAUCUGAACAAGCGGCUGCCCCCUGAGGCCUGCCUACCCUCAGCUAAGCCAGUGGGGCAGCAAGUGCGCUUCGAGCGGCAGCUGGCUGUGAGGCCAUCCACACCCCACACCAUCACACUGCAACCCUCUUCCUUCCGAAACCUGCGGCUCCCCAAGAGGCUGCGUGUCAUCUACUUCCUGGCCCGCACCCGCCUGGCACAACGGCUAAUCAUGGCCGGCACCGUUGUCUGGAUUGGCAUCCUAGUGUACACAGACCCAGCAGGGCUGCGCACCUACCUCGCUGCCCAAGUGACAGAACAGAGUCCACUGGGUGAGGGUGCCCUCGCUUCCAUGCCAGUGCCUAGUGGAGUACUGCCUGCCAGCCACCCGGACCCUGCCUUCUCCAUCUUCCCACCUGAUGCCCCUAAGUUACCUGAGAAUCAGACAUUGCCAGGGGAGCUGCCUGAGCCUGGGGGGCCAGCAGAAGGUGUUCAUGACAGCCCAGCCCCAGAGGUAACCUGGGGGCCUGAGGAUGAGGAACUUUGGAGGAAAUUGUCCUUCCGCCACUGGCCUACACUCUUCAGCUACUACAACAUCACGCUGGCCAAGAGGUACAUCAGCCUGCUGCCUGUCAUCCCAGUCACGCUCCGCCUGAACCCGAGGGAGGCGCUGGAGGGGCGACACCCUCAGGACAGCCACAGUACCUGGCCUCCACCAGGGCCCCAACCGGGAGGGCUCUGGGAGGCUGGUCCCAAGGGACCAGGCGUGGUGCAGCCCCACAGAGACAUCACCCUGUACAAGGUAGCAGCGCUUGGCCUCGCCACAGGCAUCGUGCUUGUGCUGCUGCUGCUCUGCCUUUACCGUGUGCUCUGCCCGCGCAACUACGGGCAGCCUGGUGGCGGGCCCGGCCGGCGGCGACGUGGGGAGCUGCCCUGUGAUGACUACGGCUACACGCCACCAGAGACGGAGAUUGUGCCCCUGGUGCUGCGUGGGCACCUUAUGGACAUCGAGUGUCUGGCCAGCGAUGGCAUGCUGCUGGUGAGCUGUUGCCUGGCAGGCCACGUCUGUGUGUGGGACGCUCAGACUGGGGACUGCCUCACACGCAUCCCGCGCCCAGGCAGGCAGCGCCGGGACAGUGGUGUUGGCAGCGUAUUCGAGGCUCAGGAGAGCUGGGAACGGUUGUCAGACGGCGGGAAGGGUGGUCCAGAGGAGCCCGGGGACAGCCCUCCACUGCGGCACCGCCCCCGGGGCCCUCCACCACCUUCCCUCUUCGGGGACCAGCCGGACCUCACCUGCUUGAUCGACACCAACUUCUCUGCACAGUUGCGGCCCUCAGAGCCUACUCUGCCCGAGCCCCGGCACCGGGCCACCUGCGGCCGUGCUCGGGACUCCCCGGGCUAUGACUUCAGCCGCCUGGUGCAGCGGGUGUACCAGGAGGAGGACCUGGCUUCCGUCCAUACACCAACCCUGCGCCCUGCCUCACCUGGGCCUGUGCUGUCACAGGCCCCUGAAGAUGAGGGGGGUUCUCCUCCCGAGAAGGGCUCCCCUUCCCUCGCCUGGACCCCCAGUGCAGAUGGCUCCAUCUGGAGCCUGGAGCUGCAGGGCAACCUCAUCGUGGUGGGGCGGAGCAGUGGUCGGCUGGAGGUGUGGGACGCCAUCGAGGGCAUGCUCCACUGCAGCAGCGACGAGGUCUCCUCAGGCAUCACAGCCCUGGUCUUCCUGGACAAGAGGAUCGUGGCUGCCCGGCUCAAUGGCUCCCUUGAUUUCUUCUCCUUGGAGACCCACACAUCCCUCAGCCCCCUGCAGUUCCGAGGGACUCCAGGACGGGGCAGUUCGCCCGCAUCCCCUGUGUACAGCAGCAGUGACAGGGUGGCCUGUCGCCUGACCCAUACAGUGCCCUGUGCGCACCAGAAACCCAUUACAGCCCUGAAGGCUGCUGCAGGGCGCCUCGUGACUGGUAGCCAAGACCACACGCUGAGAGUGUUCCGUCUGGAGGACUCAUGUUGCCUCUUCACGCUACAGGGCCACUCAGGGGCCAUCACGACUGUGUACAUUGACCAGACCAUGGUGCUGGCCAGUGGAGGACAAGAUGGGGCCAUCUGCCUGUGGGAUGUGCUGACUGGCAGUCGCGUCAGCCACAUGUUUGCUCACCGCGGGGAUGUCACUUCUCUCACCUGCACCACCACCUGCGUCAUUAGCAGUGGCCUGGAUGACCUCAUCAGCAUCUGGGAUCGCAGCACAGGCAUCAAGCUCUAUUCUAUUCAGCAGGACCUGGGCUGCGGUGCAAGCUUGGGUGUCAUCUCAGACAACCUGCUGGUGACCGGUGGCCAGGGCUGUGUCUCCUUUUGGGACCUAAACUACGGGGACCUGUUACAGACAGUCUACCUGGGAAAGAAUAGUGAGGCCCAGCCCGCCCGCCAGAUCCUGGUGCUGGAAAAUGCCGCCAUCGUCUGCAACUUCGGCAGUGAGCUCAGUCUGGUGUAUGUGCCCUCUGUGCUGGAGAAGCUGGACUGAGGGUGGCAGCGGCUGUGACUCCCUGGGCAGGGCUGCUGUGUGGGGCCAAUGCACUGGACCUAGACUUGCGGGGGGGAGCUGAGCCUUCUGGAAGCUGCCUCAUAACUGUAAUAUUAAACUUUUUUUUAAAUCACCCUUGCCAGGGGCCUUGUGAGCCAUGUGCCUUUUCCCUUAGAGGAACUCCUGCAUCACUUUCUCCCUGUACCGAAACCUCGGCACUUGGAGCCACGGAAGAUGUGCACAGGGACAGUUACAGGUUGGAGGCGGCUCAGCAGGCCAACGCUAGAGAGCUCCUUAGCCAUUUCAGCUCCAAAGUCCUCCUACCUCCAUCCCCACCCCAGCUCAUUCGAGCCAGCGGUGCGGUCAGGGCUCCGGCUUCUUCCCCCAGGCAGCAAUGGGCAGACACUGGCCACAGAACAGGUCAUUUUUAUUUCUUCAAUAGCAAAGGCUGAAAAAUGUCAGGUCCCACAAAGGAGCAGAACCUGACCCAAGGCCCGCAAUGCAUCUCCACCCCACAGGGGUGCGGGCUGGGCCAGGCAGGGCUGAAGGCAGCAGGAAUGGGAGUGAGAGACCAAGCCCACCUCAGAGGUCCUGCUGGGUGAGCAGACAGGGGAGAUGAUGUAGUGUAAGAACCAGGUAGGCAAAGCCUGUUCAGGUCUUGUUGAGUGUCCAGAGUGGAUCCAGAAGGCUGAGGGGGUCAUCAGUGGGCCGGGCAGCCCGCAGACCUUGUCCGUUAUGGGCCUGCAGAAAGUUCUGUUUGCUCAUCCUCUGCUUUCCCCUCAAGGAGCUGUCCAGAGAGAAGGCCUCUGGGGUGAGGGAGGCCAGC